UGCGACGGAGUACAACUAACUACUAAUAGAAACCAUUGAACAUCCUGCCAAUUCCUGAUUGCUCGUCCAUUUCAUUCCGUCCCAGCUGAACGGCCAUGGCCCCCGUGGGAGCUGCCCUCUGGCGUUCAUUGCGCGCUCAUCAGGUCUACGGCGCCAACACUGACGUAGGCAAGACCAUCGUCUCGACGAUUCUGUGUAAUGCCGUCCAGCGUCAGAAAUCGCCGGGAAAAGCAGCAUUCCUAAAACCUGUCUCGACGGGUGCAUUGGACGAUGCGGACGACCGACAUAUGCAACGCUACGCGGCUGGGGUAUCGACUAAGUGUCUUUACCAAUUUGAUGAACCGGUCAGCCCACAUAUUGCGGCUCAGCAGAAGAAUUCCACGAUCCCCCGGGAUGAUGAGAUCAUCAGCUCGGUUCACAAGACUCUCUCCGGCUGGGCUGGCAGCGAUGUGAACUUUGCGCUGGUAGAGACCGCGGGCGGUGUUCACUCGCCAGGACCCAAUGGCAACUCCCAGGCAGAUCUGUAUCGACCACUCCGUCUGCCUAUCGUGCUGAUUGCGGAUUCUCGUCUUGGGGGAAUUUCUUCGUCGAUCUCGGCCUAUGAGUCGCUGUUGCUGCGAGGCUACGAUAUCCACUCCGUCUUACUGUUCCGCGACGAUUACUACCAGAACCACGAAUAUCUGAAUGCGUACUUUCAGAAAAAGAGCAUUCCGUUGGUUCCGCUGACUCCCCCUCCUUCCAAGCCGACGUCACUGGACGCCGAAUCUUUAGCGCGAGAUGAGGAAGCCAUGGCCACAUACUACGGCCGUGUAGCGCAGACUACGGACAUCGAGGGUCUCCUGGAUCAGUUGACUGCCAAGAACACCGAGAGACUUGAUCGGUUAGAGGCCAUGGCCAGCCGUGCGCAUGACACCAUUUGGUACCCGUUCACGCAGCAUCAUGGCAUGGCCCCUAAGGAUAUCACCCCAAUUGACUCCGCCUACGGGGAUUAUUUCCAGACAUUCUCGAAGGGCGAUGGGGCAGGCCAGGAAGGUAAGCUUCAAGCCACAUUCGAUGGUUCUGCGUCGUGGUGGACGCAGGGUUUAGGGCAUGGCAACCCCGAUCUAUCCUUGUCGGCGGCUUACGCCGCGGGACGGUAUGGGCAUGUGAUGUUCCCCGGGAAUAUCCAUGAACCAGCGCUGUCGCUGGCGGAGUUACUGAUCCAGUCAAUUGACAACCCGCGUCUCAAGAAGGUUUUCUACACGGACAAUGGCAGUACGGGCAUGGAGGUGGCCGUGAAGAUGGGACUGCGAGCGGCAUGCGACCGGUACGGAUGGGAUGCCAGCAAAGAGCAGAUUAGCAUCCUGGGGCUCAAAGGCAGCUACCAUGGCGACACCAUCGGUGUGAUGGACUGUUCAGAGCCCUCCACCUUUAACCAGAAGGUCGAGUGGUACCGUGGCCGCGGAUAUUGGUUUGACUUCCCCCAGGUAAAAAUGUCCCAGGGUGUUUGGAAGAUCGAAAUGCCAGCAGAGCUCAACGAUUCACUGGGUCCCGAUCUGGAGCUUCCGUCCCUGAACGCCGUUUUCGACGUUGAAGAACGGGUGCGAUCGGAUGCCGGGCAACGCUACAAGCAAUACAUUAAGAGUACCAUCGAGACAUUGGUCCGUGACAAAGGAAUGAAACUUGGCUCUUUGAUCAUGGAGCCUGUCAUUCUGGGUGCUGGAGGAAUGCUAUUUUGCGAUCCUCUCUUCCAGCGUUGUCUUGCCGACGUUGUCCGCGAUCACCCUGACUUGUUCGCGUCUACAACCCGCGCAGCACAGACGGCGACGUCAUGGUCUGGCCUGCCGAUCAUCCUCGACGAGGUCUUCACCGGGCUUUACCGUCUUGGCCGCAAAUCUUCGGCCUCCUUCUUGAACAUCGACGCCGACAUCGCAGUCAACGCCAAACUUCUCACCGGCGGACUCAUCCCGCUCUGCACCACAAUGGCCAGUCGGGAGAUCUUCCAGGCCUUUUCGAGCCCGGAGAAGAGUGAUGCCCUGCUGCAUGGACACAGCUACACUGCCCACGCCGUCGGCUGCCAAGUGGCCGUGGAUUCCCUGCAGACCAUGAUGAAGAUGGAAACCAGUGGGUCCUGGGACGAGUACCGCGCGGACUGGCGUGUACCGGAGCCCGUUGGUCGCGAAACAUCCAGCGGCGGGAAGUGCCCCGAGGUCUGGAGCGUGUGGUCUCACCGGCUAGUGCACGAUCUAUCGCAUGCAGCUAGCGUGGACGGGGUGUUUUCCGUGGGAACCGUUCUGAGCAUCUCCUUGAAAGAUCUCCACGGAGGAGGCUACACGUCAACGGCAGCUCGAGGCCUUCAGGAGAGACUGGCGGCCGGCGGUCCGACAUUCGCCGUGCAUUCCAGAGUUCUCGGCAACGUCCUUUAUCUCAUGUCGAGCGUGACUUCGAAACCCGAGACACUGGGCGAGGUAGAAGCCAUCUUGCGGGAGGCGUUGAUUUAACGACACGUAAUCAAGACAAUAUAACGAUUUAUUCAAGAGA